AUGGAGGACUACUAUUGGGUAAUCGAUAUGCCCAAAUCGAAGGAGGGCGCCGGGUACGGUGUGACGGACGAGGAGGCCGGAACGUUCGUCCUGUACAAGGGUCUCAACCUCGAGCGCGGCGAGGUAAUUCGCGGGCGUGCGACGCGCAUCUGGAAGGCACGGUCAAUUCAAGAUUUGGUCUUGCCUCAGGAAGAACGUCGGUACUCGCAUACACCACCGUCUCAAACUCCGGUUAGCCUCAACAUCUCGCUUAGAGCACUGGUGAAUGGGAGGUUCAAUCGGCCUACGCAACCCGACGGCCGGUGCCCAGGACAACGUAUUUACCCUGCGACAUCAUUAUGGCUGUCGAAUGGUCAUGCCAUCUCGGAGACUUCUGUCUCCGCCGACAAUCUCAGAACGAUCCGACUGAACCUCACGGCCACGAAGGUCCCUGAAACCAUGCGGCAACACACUUCACUGCGGCCAUGCCCCAAACAAGCGUAUCUUCCGGUGCGCGUUCAGUAG